AUGGCCGGCGGAGGAACGCUCUCUUCUCUCCGGAGGCCCUACCUUACUCUCUACAACUGGACCGUCUUCUUCGGGUGGCUCCAGGUACUCUUCCUCACUCUCAAAGCGCUCCACCACUCCGGCGCCAAUUCCGUCUACGCCGCCGUCCACAAGCCGCUCAUCCUCGCGCAAUCCGCCGCCCUAAUCGAGAUCCUCCACAGCCUCGUCGGACUCGUCAGAUCUCCCGUAGGAGCAACUCUUCCCCAGGUCAGUUCCCGAAUCUACCUCACCUGGGGAAUCCUCCACAGCUUCCCCGAGAUCCAGACGCAUCCGCUCGUCGCAUCGCUCGUCAUUAGCUGGUCCGUCACCGAAAUCAUCCGAUACUCCUUCUUCGGAUUCAAGGAGGCCUUCGGAUUCACGCCGCCAUGGCUCCUCUGGCUCAGGUACAGCACCUUCCUAAUUCUCUACCCUACCGGAAUCUCCAGUGAGGUAGGCCUCAUUUACAAUGCCCUGCCCUAUAUGAAGGAAUCCGGCAAAUACAGCAUCAGAAUGCCUAAUAAGUGGAACUUCGCCUUCGACUAUUACUACAAUGCACUGCUUGUUCUACUCACAUACGUCCCUGGGAGUCCUCAUCUCUAUGGCUAUAUGUUAGGGCAGAGGAAGAAGGCUCUCUCCAAAUCUACUAAAUCAGAAUAGAUUAGGUUAAAUCAUUUUUCCUUACUUGGAAGAAACUACUUUAUUAUUAUUAUCAUGUUCUUCUGUGUGUCUGUCUGGUUCUAAUAUGUUCGAUUCAAUGGAGCUUCAGCUUCUCCUCCUCAAAUCUAUACACAUAUUUUUUUAUUUCAA